AAUUUGAACCUAAACAGGUUACACACAAAAAUAAUUAAAUAAUUGAGAAGAUACAAGCUAGACCUACUAUAUUUUAGAUAGAAAUCUCUAUAGAUGAGAAUCUAGACCUAGAUCUAUAUAUAAAUCUAGUCUAUUAAUGUCGAUCUCAUUGAAAAAAGCGAAGGAAUAAAAAUGUAGCCAAUCAGAUCGCUGCUACAUUUUUUAAAACAAAGAUGGCGAAGAAAAAGAACGAUCAAAAAGCAAUCAAAUUCAAAACAAUAUUUGUGUAAGAUUGAGACUAGCAAUGCUUUCAAUUGACAAUUCAAUAGCAGCUCAAGAAUCGGAACCAGGAAAUGCAAAUGUUAAGGUUGUAAUCCGUAUUCGCCCUUUAAAUGAAGCUGAAAAUAGUGAGAAACAUUACACUGUCACAGAGGCCAUAAGUGACCACAUGCUGGUGUUUGACCCAAAGAUCAACCCAGCACCAGGAUUUCUAAAUGCCAAUCGAAGGGACAUCACACGCCGUCGAUUUAAAGAUCUGAAAUAUGCCUUUGACUAUGUGUUUGGCCCCAAUGCAACAAACAAAACAGUAUUUGAGCAGACGACAAAAGGAAUUGUAAGCGGAGUAUUAAAUGGUUACAACUGUAGUGUCUUUGCCUAUGGGGCAACAGGAGCGGGCAAGACUCAUACAAUGCUUGGAAAUGAAAGAGAGCCUGGAGUGAUUUAUCACACCAUGAUAGACUUGUACAAGAGAAUCAAUGAACAGAAAGAUGAAAAGCUCUUUGAUGUAGCUGUUUCCUAUUCUGAGGUUUACAAUGAACAAGUUCGAGACCUACUAAUACCUAACGGUAAUCUACCUAUAAGGGAAGAUAAAAAUAUUGGAGUCAUUAUAGCUGGACUUUCUCUGCAUAAGCCUAAGACUGCUGACGAGCUGCUUCAUAUGCUGCAGUUUGGUAACAAGAAUAGAACUCAGCACCCUACGGAUGCUAAUGCAGAAUCAUCACGAUCACAUGCAGUAUUUCAGGUUUUUGUAAAUCAAAGAGAAAAAUCAGCCAAUGUGAGUACAGAAGUGAAAAUGGCCAAAAUGUGUCUCGUGGAUCUGGCUGGCUCCGAAAGAGCCAAUCACACCACAAAUCGUGGAGACCGAUUCAGAGAAGGGGCCAACAUCAAUAGAUCACUUCUGGCACUAGGAAAUGUCAUCAACGCCUUAGCUGACAAUAAGUUCAAAGGUCAUAUUCCAUACAGAGACAGCAAACUAACGAGGCUCUUGAAAGAUUCUCUGGGCGGCAACUGUCAGACUGUAAUGAUUGCUGCUGUCAGCCCUUCUAGUCGUUCGUUUGAGGACACUUACAACACAUUGCGCUACGCAGAUAGGGCGAAACACAUACGAGCUGAUUUAAAGAAAAACGUUAUGAGUGUAGACCUGCAUAUAGCUAACUACAAGAAAUAUGUCCAAGAGCUGGAAAAAGAGAAUCAAGAAUUGAGAAAAAUAAAACAAAAACUGACUGAGUCCUUAGAGAAGGGGGACCUGGGGAAUGUGACUGUAGUGUCCCCCAUCAUUAGGCAGUAUCAGGAGCGACUGAAGGAUCUGUUCAAGACUCGUCGAGAGAUGCGCCGAGCCCAGAUGGAGUCUGAAGGAGCCAAGAGAGAGUUGAAAUGGAAAGUUAUUCGUAAAGAGCGAGCAGUUAAAAGAGUUCAAAUGUUGACAGCAUCCCAGACUGUGAUCAGCAAACACAGACGAGUCAUUGAAAGAAUGAAGAAGAGAAUAGCCAAAGAGGAUUCCUCCCUGGCGGAGGCUGCUCAUAGGAUCCACGAACAUGAUGCUGCCAUCUACAGCACUUAUUCCUCUAUCUCUUCAUCUUUGGCUGAUGGGAAGCAGACGCCUGAGGUGUUAGAACUGAAUGCAAGAAUUCACGCUGUUGAAUCCAAUCUUUAUGACAGUCAUAUGUACUUAGCGUUUGUCAAGAAGAUGGCUCGUGCCCAGGAAUUACAAGCUGUCGGGAAUGAAAAACUUAUCUCUUGUCUAAUUCAACUGGUCAAGAAACAGCAUGACAUCCUGGACAGUCAGGAUCUAUUGAGCUUAGAUCUGAAAGAAAAAUAUGAACAGUGCUGUUACCUAGUGGAGGAACGUGGUGUUGCCUGGAACAGUCCUGGACCACCUCAAGAUGGCUCAUCGACACACUGGUCUGGCAAAGAUGAUGAUGAGGAAAUAAGUAUCAGUGAAAUCAUUGAUAUACAGAUCCCCAAGCUACAAAUCCAAGCCUUGCGUGUUGACACUCCAACCAAAGCCAGGGGUGACACUUUCUCUCACGUGAAGCAACAGCCUCAAAGAGUAGUCAAGCCAAUGUCCGCUGUCAAACCAGCCAGCAGGUCACAACAAAAUGGACAAACUUAUGAAAAUGGAGAAAGAAAUGUGAAAACUGCAUUUGGUUCAAAUUUUAACAAUGAUGAUGCCUCGUCCCAUCCAACUCCAGUAUCUAAUGUUGAUGUGACUCAGAACAGGAUGGUGAACCCUUCAACCACUAAAUUUGAUGGGACUGGUCAGCUGAUGGAGAAAAGCAGCGUAGUUCGUAGUGCUCACGAAAUGACCUCCAUGUCUGGAACCAGUUUUGAAGACAAUACAUUAGUGCCUACAGAGUCUGUGAGUGGUGAGAAAGUUGUCGGGACCCAGGGCUCGACUAAAGAAACCAUGGCCUCGGCUGGUCCUAGCUCAAGCCUUCCCAACAUCGGGACUGUGCCUUUAGCCAAAAUUUGCCUGUUUGGUAAGUGUGAUUUCAGACAAGUGUCUGAUACUGCAUCACAGAACUCCAGCACAGACAACGUCAAUGAAACUUUUCAGGUUCUCACACCAGCACUUUUAAACACACCUUGUAUAGAUAAACAUUUGCCUAAAGGUUCCGCUAUGACCCCUUCCCAGCUUUUAUCGGACAUGAAUAAACCAAAGCUCAUCCCAAUCGAGCAACUUAUCCAGAAGAGGAAGUCAGAGAAUGUAAUAGAGGAGUCUCUCUCCAAGUCACCGAACCCAAAGGACGCUAGAACAGAACUCACCAAGAUGAGUCCAGUGUUGCGGCACAACCUCAGGUCUCCAGGGUCUGCAUUUUCUAACAACUCAUGGACUCAACGGAGCGAAAAGGACGAGAAGUCCAACUCACGACGAGCAUCCUCGGAUCAUGCCUACCGGCAGAGCAAGUGUAGGACUCCAACCCAGAUAACAAACAAAGCCAACAGUAACUCUCCUUUAAUAUUUAACCGACAAUCGCCAACUGCCAACAAGCCACUCUCUGGAUCAAACGGUGUGGCUGCUCAGAAAUCUAACAUUCCAGAAACAAUCCUUGGUAAAGACAAAUGGAAGCCUGCUGGGGGUCACUGCAUCAAUGCAAAUAAUGUCAACUCCUUUAGCUUAAGUCCCAGAACCUAUGCUGAUGUAGUGAAAUCUCCAGUCGUUAGUCAAAGUCUCUCACCUGUAUCAGUGGUUAAACCUAUUCUUAAUAACUGGGUUGGCGAACCAAUGGAAGGUGGUAUUAAAACACCUAACUUUAAUCCUUGCAUUCAAACUAUAAAAUCUUCACUCAUACAGAAUCAAGUCAACUGGUCAGAAUUAUUGGCAGCUAAGCCUGCAGGGGAUACAAUUAAGGUUCGAAUGCCAUUGAGAUCACUCAGUAUGAAUACUAAUCUAGAAGUGCCACUACAACUUUCAGAACAAGCUUCAUCACUAGACUGUACAACGGAAGUGAAUGGUUACAAACUGCGGUGCAAUAAUUUAAAGUCAAGACGCAUGAACAGAGAACUGUCAUCCAAUCCAUACAGCAUUCAUGGCAGGAAAGUGAAACCAUCAUCAAGUCAAGAAUUCCCUGUAGGCUCUGACCAAUCAGAAUGUAGUGAUAAUUCAUGUCCCAGUUAUAUGCAACCUACCUUUGCCCGAGCUCAGAAAAUGUUGGGUCUUGGUGUGGACAAACCUGUACGAAGAGAAGCUAACAACCCGUUGUCUCGUCGCACUGUGACCAAUAGACACCCUCAACAACCUUUGUUUUCUGCCCAAAACAAGUCCAACAACUCUUCCUACAUGGGCUGGAGGCUGUAACAUCAAGUUACUGGGGAAGGGAGGGUGCUGUGUUGUCUGCUACGCUGGCUGGUUGAAUACUUUGUUUAGAGUUCUGAUGUUUCUACUCACAAAUAAGCUGAGUAAACUGGGCUUUGAUUUAUUAUUAUUCUCAUCACAUUGAUGACAAAAUUAACUUAGAUGCAUUGGACAGUUAAGUUGAACCUUUUUGCAGGCUAUUAAAAUUGUGCUCAAAUAUUUUAAUUGGCCUAAUUUCUUUCUUUUUUUUUGUACAAUAUUAAGUCAGCCUAAUAAAGUCUACUUGCUAUAGUAGAGUGCUUAGUAGAAAAAAAUAAUUAAUAACUAGUCUUAUUAAACAUAAUAUUUAUUUUAAGUUUUUGUGACACUUGUUGUAUCUUAAGUGGUACAUUAGCUUUAGUCAGGUGGGUUAAAAAUGAAACUGCACAUGGUCGAAUAAAAGCUUAUCAUUUGUUAGAUUCUAGAAAUGUUAGGACCAUCUCUGUUUGUGUUGACAAUUAAAUCCCUCUGAAGCUGUAUAUUUAUAAUAGAAAGCCAUUAUUGUAAUAUACUGAGUCUUUAUAUCACCAAGUUCUUUGCAUUCUUUUCUAUAUUUACCAAAAUAGUUUUUAGAUGGUUUUAAAAAUUCAAUAUAUGUAUGCCUGUAAAGCUGCUUGUCUGUUUACAAUGUCAAUAAAAGAAAUUUUAGACUCUA